AUGGAGAACCAAGCAACCUUCAAGAUGGUCCUCUGCGGUGAUGGUGGUACCACCACUUUCGUCAAGCGUCAUUUGACCGGCGAAUUCGAGAAGAAGUACAUUGCGACUCUCGGUGUCGAAGUCCACCCCCUCACCUUCCACACCAACUUUGGAACCAUCUGCUUCAACGUCUGGGACACGGCAGGCCAGGAAAAGUUCGGUGGUCUCCGCGACGGAUACUAUAUCCAGGGACAAUGCGGUAUCAUCAUGUUCGACGUUACCUCGCGUAUCACCUACAAGAACGUCCCCAACUGGCACCGUGAUCUCGAGCGGGUAUGUGAGAACAUCCCCAUUGUCCUUUGUGGAAACAAGGUCGAUGUCAAGGAACGCAAAGUCAAGACCGGCAACGUCACCUUCCACAGGAAGAAAAACCUCCAAUACUUUGAAAUCUCGGCCAAGUCCAACUACAACUUUGAAAAGCCCUUCCUUUGGCUCGCCAGGAAGCUCGUCGGUAACCAAUCCCUCGAGUUUGUUGCUGCGCCCGCCCUGGCCCCGCCAGAGGUCCAGCUCGACCAGGCCAUGAUUGCGCGAUACGAGGAGGAACUCAAGCAGGCUGCGAACGCGCCUCUCCCGGACGAGGACGACGCCGACCUUUAA